UCAGGCACCGCGCGGGGCAGCCCGCAACAUCCCGGCAGCCCCCGCGGCGCCCGGGGGCCUCGAAGCACGGCGGCGCCAUGCCGAAGUCCAAGCGGGAUCGCAAGGUGUCCCUGACACGGACACCCAGGAAGGGUUUGGAAGCCAAGCAGGCGCUGAUCGCUGAGCUGCGGCGAUGCGUCGAUACCUACAAACACAUCUUCAUCUUCUCCGUGGCCAACAUGAGGAACAACAAGCUGAAGGACGUGCGGAACGCCUGGAAGCACAGCCGGAUCUUCUUCGGGAAGAACAAAGUGAUGAUGGUGGCGCUGGGCCGGGAGCCGAGCAGCGAAUAUCGGGAGAACCUGCAUAAGGUCAGCAAGCACCUGAGGGGGGAGGUUGGUCUCCUCUUCACCAAUCGCACCAAGGAGGAGGUGGAUGAGUGGUUCUCCAGCUUCAAGGAGGUGGACUUUGCAAGGGCAGGGAACAAGGCGACUUACACCGUCAGCCUGGACACGGGGCCCUUGGAGCAGUUCCCCCAUUCCAUGGAGCCUCAGCUGCGACAGCUGGGAUUGCCAACAGCUUUAAAGAAAGGAGUGGUGACGCUGCUUUCAGAUUAUGAAGUCUGCAAAGAAGGGGACAUUCUGACCCCCGAGCAAGCACGUGUCCUGAAACUCUUUGGCUACGAGAUGGCAGAGUUCAAAGUGACCAUCAAAUUCCUGUGGAAUUCUGAGACUGGAGACUUCCAGAAACUUGUGGGAGAUGAGGAGGAUGAGGAGGAAGAAAAGGAAGAGGAGGAAGAAGAGGAGGACGUUGACAUCAGUGAGGACUAGCAGCAGUCCUUGUGCUUGGACACUAGACAGCUCUAUUUUAGAGCUGAAAGAUGAGGAUGUUUUCCUUCCCUGUCUGCAGCAGGACACGUGAUUAACUCAACAUUCUUAAAGAUGAUCUAACUACUUUUUUUAUAUAAAAACAUAUAUAAAACCCUCAGAUUUUGUCAGUGCUGCCUGUUAUUGAGU